GUUAGAGGAAGCAUAUUCAGUCGACUUGAAACAAAAGCCAACUCUUGCUUUUGAUGAAACGUCGAGAUAAUUAAUGACACAUCGGUGAUUCCAAACGCUUACUAAUCCUGUUAUUCACAAACAAAAGUAAUUCCCAUGCUGGGAGGCGGCAUCCUUCCAGGAGAGUAACUGUCAACUCACACUAUCAUGAGACCUACGUCUUGUCUUCCCUGUAAGUUAACUGAGCGUAGGCCAAAGAAUUAUGUAGUGCUACAUGCUCCUCAAGAAAAGUAAUAGCCUAUCUUUAUGAAGCAUGGAAAUCAGCGUUAAAUUAAGCUACACUACCUAAAUAGUCCAACGAACAAGUCACACAAACGCUCUAAAGAAACCGUAACGAACAAGUGAAGUCUGAAACCACAAAGGCGCAAACCGGUUUUUUCAAGCAGCUUCUGAAUUUCAAAAUCCCACUAACUGGAGAGUGGAAGACACAUAAAACCAAAAUACAAAUAGGCUUUAUUACUGAUUUAAUUGCAAACAUUUCCAGAUGAAAAUGGCAAAAAACGUUUUAAAAUACUUAAGCCAUUCGUACCCAUAAUCCUAGGGGGUAACCAAACAAACUACGAUCGGAAGAAACAAAAACGGAAGCGUUCAGGUAUGUAACAAACAUUCGUCGGUAAAUAUCGCGGUAACAAUGUUUGGACCGAAUUUUAGUAUGAAUUAUGUAGUUUAUUAUUCAUGGACACUCAUGCAUGGUAUCAUGUCGACAGUAAAUUUAUGCAAACUCAUAUUAUUAAGAUUGCAAUACAAUUAGGUAUUCCCAUAAUGCUUUAAAAAAUUUCGUCCAUUUUCGGAGAUUUCGAGCGAAGAAACCGCGACGGCGCAGACUAAAAUAUUACUACGAUUCCCAGAAUAUUUUUCCUUAAAAUCGGCAUUAAAAGUAAUCACAAUUGAAUAAUAAGUUAAUGAAGGUAUCAAGUGGUGUGUGAGUACAUAAUAUUAAAUUACUGCUAAUGAGAUACGCAAUUUAAAUAGGAUGCGAAACAGAGAAAAAUACACCAAUGUUCUCACGGCCUACACCUGGUGGCCUCCCAUAGAGUUCUUUCGUGAGACCGACACAUCAUCGAAAUAAGUUACGUAACUCAAAUUCAUAUAUUUCAAGAGGAAUGAUAAAAUCUAAGUCCUCAGUAAAUGUCGACAGCAGUUUGGUUUGAUUCAGGAGAGAGAGAGAGAGAGAGAGAGAGAGAGAGAGAGAGAGAGAGAGAGAGAGAGAGGUGAGGAAAGUUUGUUGGCACGAGCUGAUAACAAAGUAACAUAAAUUGGCAACUAUAUACCGUAGAUAUCAUACAUACGUAAUACCUUCAUCACUUAUCUAUUCCUCUUCGCCUUAAGCUGCAUAGUUACUUAUAAAACAGCAGGUAUUUGGAGCCUUCUGUUUCUCACGGUAAAAAAAAAAGAUGAGACGUUAAAGAAGAGGAAAGAUAGACUCAUCAGUCUUUCAGUGUCGAAGGCUCGUAGAAUACACGAAGCUCGCUUAGAUCUACGGCGACGUUUGAAAUUUCAAAGAAACAUGUCGAAAAAUUCGAUCAUUCUGACCAUUUUAUGCGUUUGGUUGACAGGUACCCUAAGCCUGCCCAAAGAAUGCAUGCCCGGGUAUUUCAUGUGUGACACAGGGUUAUGCAUCCCAGACUACUUAGUAUGUGAUGGCGUCUACGAUUGCACUACAGGCUACGAUGAGUUGGAUUGUGGUUUGACAACAUCUCAGUUACAAGAGUGCUUUCAAGGAUACUUCCAAUGCGCCAACGGCCUUUGCAUACCGGACUUCCUGGUCUGCGACGGAGUCUACGAUUGCGUUACUGGAAGCGACGAAGUCGGCUGUCCACCCAAGAACGAAACCCGUAGGCCGUAGGCCUAGUGAAACAGAACACCCACUGAAGAAAAUACUUUUGAGUCAGCUGUACAUUUCUGUUUGCUUUCAAGGACGCUCUGUGGCUACCGUUAACAAAAUUGUGCUGUUUUUAAACCUUUAUGUACGUUGUUGCAUAGUUUCAAGCUCACAUGAAAAGUUUAACGUUAGUUAGCUAUACUUCACUGAGCUGAGAGCUUUUUUUUUCGUAAGUGUGACAACAAAUGUUUUGUCAUUAAUACUGUAAAAACCACACAUUGGGGGUUUAAGAUUACUAAAUAGUGCCAAAAAUACACUUAUAAAACGUGCAAACGUCUGCCUAUAGACUUUUGUAAGCUUAAACGGUACUUCUUAGCUGAUAUCUAAAUUAUAGUACUAAUCUUUUAAGCUAAUU